AUGCGUCUGUCAUGGGCCGUCAUUCGUCUGUCAUGGGCCGUCAUGCGUCUGUCAUGGGCCAAGACAGUGCACGAUGUCCCAGUGACACCCCCGGCUGCCCCCACUUCAGACCCCCGGCUUGCCCCCCACUUCAAGGCCCGGCUGCCCCCCUCUUCAAGACCCCCGGCUGCCCUACUUCCCCGGCUGCCCCUCACUUCAAGCCCCCGGCUGCCCCCCACUUCAAGACCCCGGCUGCCCCUCACUUUCAAGACCCCGUGCCCCACUUCAAGACCCGCUGCCCCCACUUCCAGACCCCCGCUGCCCCUCACUUCAAAGACCCCGAUGCCCUCACUUAAAGACCGGCUGCCCUUCACUUCAAGACCCCGCUGCCCCUCACUUCAAGGCCCGGCUGCCCCCACUUCAAGACCGUGCCCCCACUUCAAGGCCCCCGGCUUGCACCCCACUUCAAGGCCCGGCUGCCCCCCAAGGCCCCGGCUUGACCCCCACUUCAAGGCCACCGGCUUUCACCCCACUUCAAGACCCCCGCUGCCCCCCACUUCAAGACCCCGGCCCCCCCACUUUCAAGGCCCGCCCCACUUCAGAGGCCCCCGGCUGCCCCCCACUUCAAGACUCCCGGCUGCCCCCCACUUCAGGCCCGGCUGCCCCCCACUUCAAGAUCCCCGGCUGCCCCUCACUUCAAGGCCCCGGCUGCCCCCACACUUCAAGACCUCGGCUGCCCCACUUCAAGACCCCCGACCGGCUGCCCCUCACUUCAAGACCCCGGCUGCCCCCACUUCAAGACCCCGGCUGCCCCCACUUCAAGAACCCGACUGCCCCUCACUUCAAGACCCCACUCUGCUCACUUCAAGGCCCGACUGCCCCCACUUCAAGACCCCACUUCAAGACCCCGGCUGCCCCUCACUUCAAAACCCCGACUGCCACUUCAAGACCCGGCUGCCCCCCACUUCAAGACCCCGGCUGCCCCCCACUUCAAGACCACUCGGCUGCCCCCCAAAGACCCCUGCCCCUCACUUCAAGGCCCCGGACUGCCCCCACUUCAAGACCCCCGGCUGCCCCCCACUUCAAGGCCCCCGCUGCCCCCACUUCAAGCCCGGCUGCCCCCACUUCAAGACCCCCGGCUGCCCCACUUCAGACCCCGCUGCCCCCACUUCAAGACCGCUGCCCCCACUUCCCCCCCCUCACUUGCCCCCCACUUCAAGGAGCCCCCACUUCAAGACCCGACUGCCCCUCACUUCAAGACCCCCUGCCCCCCACUUCAAGAAGACCCCGCUGCCCCUCACUUCAAGACCCCCGACUGCCCCCACUUCAAAGACCCCCGGCUGCCCCCACUUCAAGGCCCGGCUGCCCCACUUCAAAGACCCGGCUGCCCCCCCAAGCCCGACUUUCAAGACCCCCGGCUGCCCCCCACUUCAGAGGCUGCCCCACUUCAAGACCCCCCUGCCCCUCACUUCAAGACCCCGACUGCCCCCCACUUCAAGACCCGGCUGCCCCCCACUUCAAGACCCCCUGCCCACUUCAAGCCCCCUGAUUCAAACCCCGGCUGCCCCCCACUUCAAGGCCCCGACUGCCCCCACUUCAAGAUCGGCUGCCCCCACUUCAAGACCCCGACUGCCCCUCACUUCAAGACCCCCGGCUCCCCCACUUCCAGACCCCGCUCCCCUCACUUCAAGACCCUCACUUGCUGCCCCCACUUCAAGACCCCGCUGCCCCCACUUCAAGACCCCGGACUGCCCCACUUCACCCUCGGCCCCACAUUCAAGACCCCCGGGCCCUCACUUUCAAGGACUGCCCCUCAACUUCGACUGCCCCUCACUCAAGACCCCGCCCCCUCAAGACCCCGGCUGCCCCCACUUCAAGACCGCUGCCCUCACUUCAGGCCCCCGACUGCCCCCCACUUCAAGACCCCCCUGCCCCACUUCAAGGCCCCCUGCCCCCCACUUCAAGACCCCGGCUGCCCCCACUUCCCCCGGCUGCCCCUCACUUCAAGACCCCGGACUGCCCCCACUUCCCGACUGCCCCCCACUUCAAGACCCCGACCCCGGCUGCCCACUCAAGGCCCCGACUGCCCCCACUUCAAGCCCCCGGCUGCCCCCCACUUCAAGAGACUGCCCCCUUCAAGGACCCCCGGCUGCCCCCCACUUCAAGACCCCCGGCUGCCCCCACUUCAAGACCCCAGCCCCCUCACUUCCCCCGACUGCCCCCACUUGCCCCCCACUUCAAACCCCGCCCCUCACUUCAAGACCCCCGACUGCCCCCACUUCAAGACCCGACCCCGGCUGCCCCCACUUCAAGACCCCCGGCUGCCCCCACUUCAAGACUGCCCCUCACUUCAAGACCCCGACUGCCCCCUCACUUCAAGACUCACUUCCCCCCUGCCCCCCACUUCAAGACCCCGGCUGCUUCAAGACCCCGGCUGCCCCUCACUUCAAGACCCCCUGCCCCCACUUCAAGACCCCCGGCCCCCUCACUUCAAGACCCCCGCUGCCCCCCACUUCAAGACCCCCGGCUGCCCCUCACUUCAAGACCCCCGGCUGCCCCCACUUCAAGACCCCCGACCCCCGGCUGCCCCUCACUUUCAAGACCCCGGCUGCCCCCCACUUCAAGACCCCCGCUGCCCCCACUUCAAGACCCCCGGCUGCCCCCACUUCAAAGACCCCCGACUGCCCCCCACUUCAAGACCCCGGCUGCCCCUCACUUCAAGACCCCGGCUGCCCCCCACUUCAAAGACCCCGCUGCCCCCACUUCAAGACCCCCGGCUGCCCCUCACUUCAAGACCCCCGGCUGCCCCUCACUUCAAGACCCCCGGCUGCCCCCCACUCAAGACCCCGGCUGCCCCUCACUUCAAGACCCCCUGCCCCUCACUUCAAGACCCCGCUGCCCCCCACUUCAAGACCCCGGCUGCCCCCACUUCAAGACCCCCUGACCCCCGGCUGCCCCUCACUUCAAGGCCCCCGGCUGCCCCCCACUCAAGACCCCGGCUGCCCCCACUUCAAGACCCCCGGCUGCCCCCUUCCCCCGGCUGCCCCUCACUUCAAGACCCCCGGCUGCCCCCCACUUCAAAGACCCCCGGCUGCCCCCACUUCAAGCCCCCGGCUGCCCCCCACUUCAAGACCCCCGGCCCCCACUUCAAGACCCCGGCUGCCCCCCCCCCCCACUUCAAGACCCCCGGCUGCCCCCACUUCAAGAAGGAGAACGGAGAUGUCUGAGGAAACCUUCUUCCUCUCAUACUCGCGCUGA